AUACAUGUUCGCCUCGAGCCAUAACAUCAUUCGUUUUGGUUUACCAUAUCUUGAGUGUACACUCAUCGCACGUACACUGUUGAAAGCCAUUUCCAAUGCGUCUCGUUCUUCUCGUGUGUCUGCUUGUCAUGGCAUCUGUGCCAGAAAGCCAGCAGUUGGAACCUUCGGGUAUACGCCUAGGAAUCCUAUUACAGAAACCCAAGAGUAGUGCCAUAGGUACAUUGAACACACUCUCAAGCCAGGGCUCUGUUGCGAUGCAGUCCUCCAAUAGACUGCCAUCCAACAGCCCUGAUCCUUACAGCGCCAUACCCGAACAAGAUGUACUUAGCAACACCUUUGGGAUGGGAGGCAUUCAGCUUGCUUACAGUGACGGGGAGAGGAUGAGCAAAGAAAAAUGCAAGGAAAGUUGUAGGACGGAUGAGUCUUGCGUAGUGGCGAUGUACUGCCAUGAAACCCCAGUCCAGGACAUCUGUGCAAAUCCAAUGUCGUGCACCAUUACGAAGAUAGAGAAGGGAGGACUGUGCCAUAUCUACGUCCAAGCUGACAAUCCAAGCUACCUUCCAGACAGCAACUCUGCCAGUUCAUGUCAGUUCCUAAGUAUACACCCAAACUGUCGCAAUCCACCACAGGUCUCAAACACCCAUGUUGAUCAACACCCAACACCGGAAGAUGGGGUCGUCCGAUACCGGUACACAUGUCUGUCAGACUACGAAAACGUAAACAAAGGCUCGGUAUUCGGUGUGUGCGACAAGCAAGGCGGUUGGAUCGUGCCCUCUCUAAGCUGCAAACCAUCCACGUCGAAUGGAGUCCCAUCCUCAAUGAACAGUCUCGUCCAGAAGGUCACAGCAGUUGAAGGGAAACCGGAUCAGCAACGUCCAGUUGAGGUUCCGUUACUUCCGUCAAAGGGGUUGGAGUUGUUUGGUAAAUCGCCGGCUGCAGCCACGCCUCAGCCUCCAACAGAUGCUCCGACCUCCAUGUCGGCGUUAGAACAAGCUGCAGAGCAUAUCAAAUCGCAAAUCAUGAAUGGUACGUAAAGCUAGACCAUCGGUUAUAUCAACACAGCUGGACUGACCCAUGAUUUCUUUGUUGGGCAGUAGUAUGCGUUAUAAAAUAUUUCAUAACGAAUGUA